AUGAAUCUGAUCAUGAAACUUCGUAGGAGUUUCCGAACACUUGUAAUUCUCUUAGCCACCUUCUGCUUAGUGAGCAUAGUCAUUUCUGCUUACUACUUGUAUACAGGUCACAAGCAAGAAAUUGCCCUCACUGAUACCACAGGAGAGAUGGAAUGUGAAGAUCUUAAACUUUUGCCCUAUAGAACUCUAGAACUUAAAACAGUGAAGCCAAUCGAUCCUACUAGGACUGAUGCUACGGUGUUGCUUUUUGUUGAAAGUCAGUACUCUCAACUUGGUCAAGACAUCAUUGCCAUCCUGGAGUCUAGUCGGUUUCAGUAUCAUAUGGUGAUUGCAUCUGGGAAAGGAGAUAUCCCACCCCUGGCUGAUAAUGGCAAAGGAAAAUACAUCCUUAUAGUAUAUGAAAAUAUUUUGAAAUACACAUCCAUGGAUUCAUGGAACAGAGAACUCCUGGAAAAAUACUGUGUGGAAUACAGUGUUAGCAUAAUUGGUUUUCAUAAAGCCAAUGAGAAUAGCUUGUCAAGUACUCAGCUCAAAGGAUUCCCAUUACAUCUUUACAACAAUAUAGCUCUUCAGGAUUGCUUAGUAAACCCCCGGUCCCCUCUAUUGCAUAUAACCAAAGCCCCAAGGGUUAAAAAAGGCCCACUACCUGGUGAUGACUGGACUGUUUUCCAAUAUAACCAUUCUACUUAUCAACCAGUGCUUUUAACAGAAUUUCAAGCUUCCAAAUUAUUCCCAGCAUCGCUUCCAAAGCUUAAUCUUUAUGCUACAGUGAUUCAGGACCUGGGACUUCAUGAUGGAAUUCAAAGAGUCCUGUUUGGAAACAACUUGAACUUUUGGCUACACAAACUUAUUUUUAUAGAUGCCAUCUCCUUCUUGACAGGAAAAAGGCUUACAUUAUCCUUGGACAGAUACAUUCUUGUUGACAUUGAUGACAUCUUCGUUGGAAAAGAAGGAACAAGGAUGAAUGUUAAAGAUGUGAAGGCUUUACUGGAGACUCAAGUAUUACUACGCACUCAGGUUGCAAAUUUUACCUUCAACCUUGGAUUUUCAGGAAAGUUUUACCAUACAGGAACCAUUGAAGAAGAUGAAGGAGAUGACUUGUUGUUGAGAUCUGUAGAUGAAUUCUGGUGGUUUCCUCACAUGUGGAGCCACAUGCAACCUCAUCUGUUCCAUAAUGAGUCAUCACUAGUUGAGCAAAUGAUUCUCAACAAGGAAUUUGCACUAGUGAGUAUCUCUAAAAUAUAA